AUGGAGCGUGGGGAGCGGCCGGAGCGGGCCGAGCCGCUGACCGAUGCCGAGCGGGAGAUCAUCCAGAACACCUGGGUACACGUCUACGAGAACUGCGAGGACGUGGGCGUGUCGGUCCUCAUAAGGUUCUUUGUGAACUUCCCAUCGGCCAAGCAGUACUUCAGCCAGUUUCAGGACAUGGAUGACCCAGAGGAGAUGGAGCGUAGUGUCCAGCUGAGGCACCACGCCCGCCAGGUGAUGGGCGCCAUCAACAAGGUGGUGGAGAACCUCCACGACCCAGAAAAGGUGUCCUCUGUUCUUGCUCUGGUGGGCAAGGCGCAUGCUGUCAAACACAAGGUGGAGCCUAUGUACUUUAAGAUCCUGUGUGGUGUACUGCUGGAGGUGUUCUCGGAGGACUUCCCAGAAUUCUUCACGGCAGAAGUGCAAAUGGUGUGGACCAAACUGAUGGGGGCGGUGUACUGGCAUGUGACGGGCGCCUACACAGAGGUUGGCUGGGUGCAGCUCUCCAGCUCGGCAGUGUGA